AGAAAAGUGAAGGAAAACCCUCUCACAAAGACAAAAAGGAUAUAUUCGCCCAUUAUCGCACACAACAACUCGUUUCACGAUCAAUCUCACCACCGACACGAUAGAAGAAAUUGAGGAUUACGACAGAUUGAAGGGAGGACGCACGCGACGGGCUCCAUAAAAAGAUUUUGAGGACCGAGCUAGGACUGCAAAACACACACGAGCAACACGUUCAAAGAUGAAGGUCUUUUCCAACGAUGAGGUGUUUGACUACUCCUGGGAGGAAGUCUCGACUGCGAAUUGGAGGAAAUACUGUCCUUGGAACGACAAGAGCACACAUGUCAUAGCCGUCGAUACAUUAUCGCGGAGCGUGGAUCCUGAGUCAGGAAUUUUGAGAACGGAAAGAUUGAUUACAUGCAAGCAAAGCGCGCCGAAAUGGCUUGCAUCGCUCAUGGGCGGAAACGAAACCUCACACGUCUUCGAAACCUCCUACGUGGAUCCGGUAUCGAAGAAAGUUACAAUGAUAUCCUCGAAUCUGACUUUUGCCAAUAUCAUCUCGGUGCAGGAAUCCGUGGUGUAUCAGCCCCUUUCUGCAACCAAGACGCAAUUCGUGCAGAACGCAAAGAUCACAGCGCUUUGUGGUGGGUGGCAGAAGGUCAAGAAUGCCGUGGAAGAUGCGACUGUUACGCGAUUUGGCGAGAAUGCCAGAAAAGGGAAAGAGGGCUUCGAAGCUGUGCUGGAGAUGAGUAGGAGGGUGUUUAGAGAAGAAAAGGAGAAGGCGAGGAUGGAGGUUGAGGUCCAAGAGAAGAUGGCAGCAUGAGGACGA